AUGACCCCCGACAGCACCCCCCAUAAUACCCGUACAGCACUCCCACCACCCACCAAGCAACCCCACACUCCCACGACAGACCACACGCCCACGAAGCUCCGGCGCCUCCUGUCCCUCGCCGCACGCGGACGCAGGCAGGCGAGCCCGCUGAAGAAGCAGAGGAAGAAGCAACAGCCGCCGAAGAAGCCGAAGAAGCCGGUGAGCCCAACAACAGCCGUGCCCGCCGACACGCCCAUGGCGGAGACGACGCUCUCGAGUGCUCGCACGCACGGGGACGCUCCUGCUUGGCCUCUUGAGCGCGAGGUUCGAGAGAGUGGUUGUCUGGAAUACGCACACGCACACGCACACGCACACGGACAGGGACAGGGACAGGGACAGGAACAGAGACACGUGCUCGUUACUGAGGACUCGGGUGUGUUUCGUUUCCCUCUCCCGCCGUCUGCUGCGCGGGAGGAGACCGUGGAGUGCGGUUGCGAACUGCUGUCUGUUCCUGAUGAGGCUGGCCAGGCGGGGCAAGGGCAAGGGCAAGGGCAGCUCAGGAAGGACUCGGUCGUGAGGUCGUCUCAUCAGGUUUUUGUUUCGCAGUGUCGAAAUGCGGCGCUCACGAGCCAUCCGGUGGGGGGCAGCGAAGAGGGGUUUCUGACGCCAGGGGAGGUCGUGGGAGAGAGGUGA